AUGAUCUUGAUAUGUCUAUUUUUUUUAUUUACUGACACCAAAGAGAACGGAUUCACACCUCCGAACAAUUUGGAUGCCAUAGAAGAUAGUAAAACACACAAUUUAUCACAAGAAAAACAAAAUAAAAAAGAAUUAAAAAAUUUUGUCUCUGAAAUUUCAACUAAGUACCAAUAUGACGACUCCCCAUCGAAAAGCUUUUAUCAAAAUAGCUUUAAUUCUUCUGUCGACUUUACAAAUGUUGAUAUUUCAAUUUGCCAGUGCACAUUCAUUAAUAUUUCAAGAAUUAACGCCAGCGGUGGACCUAUAUUCAUUAAUUCACCAGAACGCUCUGUUGUUCUUAACUCAUCAAUAUUUCGAUCUUGUUAUUCUUCAACUGGAGCUUCUGGCGGCAAAAUCAACGCUAAUUCUGCAAAACUAUUCGGUAAUUGCUUCCUUUCGUGCCAUACGAAUCCUACAGAAAGGGUUCAGCCGAUAGAUAUAACAUGCAAAGACGGAUACCUUUAUCAUUUGAAUAUUCACAAGUGUGGACUAUCACCGGAUGCUUGUGGCAUUACAGCUUUUCAAUUUAAAUGUUCUUUGAACAAUUUUAAGGUUCAACACCUAAAUAUAACCAACAAUUUUUUAAAUGGUGCUGGUUGUUUCAUUAAGCAUGUCGACACUAAGAAUUGCGCUACGAUUUUUGUCAAUCUCGUUCAAAAUGUCGGAAUAAAUUCGUCAAUGGUCGGGGAAGGUUUAACGUGGAAUUCAAUUUUGACAUCCAAAACAAACUACAUUAAUAAUACUGUUAAAAUAAUGUUUCAUUUCGAAGCAUCUUCGGCAAAUCAAAUAACUUAUUCAGUUUUCAAGGCAAACAACUUCAAAUCCUUCUUGAGUGAGAUGAGAACAACAAUAAUGCAUGUAAUUCAGUGCGUUUUCGAUAUAUCCAAGGAAAAUCUCUCAGAUUGUAUCUUUAAUCUUUGUACAUUCAACGAUACAACGGCCACAACGCUUGCUUUAUCCGAAAUUGGCAAUGGAGAAUGCAAGAUGACCCCAUUUAACUUCACAACAACGCCUACAAAUAGUAAAUUCGAUACUAAAACAAUAAUUAUGAUUUCUGUUGCAUCGUUUGUUGGAUUUAUUAUCAUUGUUAUACUUGCAUACUGUAUCUACAUUAGAUUCUCUAAAAGAAGGUCGCAAAUGCAAGAAUUACACUUCACUGAUGAAUAUUUUAAGAAUUUUUCAUAUAGUAUCAUCUAG